AUGGCGCCGCACACCAUGUUGCGUACGAGAGUGCACAAAGCUCGUGCGGCUUUCGUUGUCGCGGUUUGUGGUACUUGCAUUCUCUGCCACAGUCAGAGCUUUGUCGCCGCCCCGACGGUCGACCAGGAUUCUUCCUCUGUCCGCCCGGCUGCAGCUGCAUGUGGCGCAGUUCUUGGCGCGAGCUGCUCAGCUGUGGCUGAGGCACUUCCUCCCGCACCAAGCGGCAUAAACACGUUGCCUGACGCGGAGCAGGCUGCCGUGGUGAUUUUUCUCCUCGUGGGCCUUGCUGCUGGCACAGUUGCCUUAGUUGGGCCCAUCUUCGGAUUCCUGCAAGGAAUUCUCCCGGAGGGCUGGUUCAAGACCUGGCGAAAGACGUGGCCGAUCUUGGGUGCCUUCUAUAUGGCUGCAGGUGUCGCCCACUUCACUGCGGCGGAUGCCUUUGAAGCCAUCUACCCGCCUCAAGGUACAUGGGGCUUCUGGUACUUGCCUGGAAGCGCAGAAUUCCAUGUGGCGUGGACAGGUGUCGCGGAGAUUGCUGGGGGCUCCGGCCUCUUCCUGGGGUCACUGCUCCUGGGACUGGCAGGGGCCUUCAAUUGGGAGCUGCCGGCAGUUCUGCGCUCCAUUCCUGCGCUCUCAGCCUUGGGCCUCUUUGCGUUGACGUGGGCAGUAACUCCUGCGAACAUCUACAUGUACACCCAUGGAGCUCAGAUGAUAGGUCUCACGCCCGGCGACCAGCCUAUCCCAGUGGAGUUCCAUGCAGUCCGCGGCCUUCUCCAGGUGGUGCUGCUGGGCAUCCUUUGGGGCUACUACAGUGCAGCCCGAGAGGAGACCCGAGAAGCCUGA